UACUUUAUCAUUUAUAGUAAGAAUUUUUUUACACUUUUCAGAGUAAUUACAAUAAUCGUGGUGGUAAUUGUACACUCUUUACUGCCCUUCGUGGUCGUAUUAGAGAAUACGCUGUUUUUAGAAAACACCUAUAGUAAGAUUUGGUACCAUUUGCUGAUAGACGGGACGGUAGUAGUUGAGACAUUCUUCGUAAUAUCUGGAUGUUUGGCAUCGUACAAUCUCCGAAUGAAAUCAAAAGAAGAUACUGUGUGGAGAACUAUACCCAAAAACAUUUUGCUAAGAUGGUUAAGGCUUACUCCACCAUACGCAGUCACGUUAGCAAUAACUGCUACAUGGCUAAGAUUUAUGGGAUCAGGACCGAUGUGGCAAAAACUGAUAGGACCAGAAAUCGCAGACUGCCGCCGUGACGGUUGGCAGAACAUGCUCUACAUAAACAACUACUUUGACAACACUCGCUGCAUGGCGCAUACAUGGUAUGUGGCAGCGGAUAUGCAGCUGUUUGUGUUGGGAACAUUCAUAUUGGCACUAACGAGGAGCGAUCACAGAAGACAAGUUGUGCUUUGGGCUAUCAUUGUAAUUUCUCUUCUCAUACCGCCCUUACAUACAUACUUCCAAAAUUUGAACGGUCACAUUAUUUUAUCACCAGAGGUUGUUUUAGAGCAUUUCGUCAAAGAUCCUACCUUCAACCAUUCGUACAAGCGCGGCCACACAAAUAUGACAUCUUACAUUUUAGGACUCAGCCUCGGCUUGAUCAUUUAUAAAUUGCAGCAGAAGCAGUUAAAUGUUGAAAAUUAUAAGAAUUACAAAUAUUUGUACUGGGGAACAUUUCCCAUGAUGAUAACAUUAAUACUGUGUUGCGGCUCCUUGUACAUGGAAGUAACACCUCAUGUUGCAGUCAGAGCCAUUUGUGCCGGCAUAUACAGACCUCUCUUUGGAUUGCUCAUAUUCCUAUUUAUAUUAGGAAUGGUGAUUAAACUUGAAAAUGUCUAUAGACCCAUAUUAGAAUGGCGAGGCUGGACGUUAGCAGUCCGCGUGACGUACUCCGUCUACAUACUACAUGUGAUGUUGCUACAAAUUUGUGCUUACUCUAGGACUACAUUAAGCCAUAUAAGCGUCUAUGAAGUCUUGAUGUCAUGGUGCGGAUCAAUCUGCUUUAGUUUCUUGUGUGCUAUACCUCUUUGGUUACUCGUCGAAUCACCAAUUUCGCAACUCGUCCAAUAUCUAACGACUACAAGAAAAAAGGAGAAGCAAAUGAAAAGCGUCGACAAUGAGCGUCAAGGUACCACGAAGGUUACUCAGAUGCUGCAAUGACUUAAUAGUAUCUCUAUACAAAGUUUUUCUGAGGUUUGUUGCUUGCUUUUCACCUCUAAUUUCUCUAUCAAAAUAUGUAAAGUCAGUUGUAUAA